ACACAGCUCACCUUCAGAUGGAGAUGAAGUAGCAGCAGCAGCAGUCGGUCAGCAGAGCAGCAGCAGCGGCAGCAGCAGCAGCAACAGCAACAGCAACAGGAACAGCGUGUGUUCCGCGGAGCCGGAGCUUUCCUUCAGGGGGGACAGGUGACAGAGCAGACCGAACGAGCGACACUCAGCCGCCUCAGCGUGCAUCGGUGGAAAUUACUGCUGUUUCCUCCCCCCUCACCGCACACCCUCCGAUUGCCUCAGUAGAUGUUACUCAACUACAUGCAUUUCGAUCUGAUCUUCUAAGCCCAGUCCGCCAAGAUGGAAAAUGCGCACACUAAAUCGGCGACUGAAGUUUUAGACAACUUCGGUGUGAACGAAAACACCGGGCUGACUCUGGAGCAAGUCAAAGUCAAUUUUGAGAAAUAUGGACCGAACGAGCUCCCAGCUGAAGAAGGCAAGUCCCUGUGGGAGCUGGUGGUGGAGCAGUUUGAAGACCUCCUGGUCAGGAUCCUGCUGCUCGCUGCUUGUGUCUCCUUUGUGUUGGCCCUGUUUGAGGAGGGAGAGGAGACGACCACCGCCUUUGUUGAGCCUGUUGUUAUUCUUCUCAUCCUCAUCGCCAACGCUGUUAUCGGGGUCUGGCAGGAGCGGAAUGCAGAGAACGCCAUCGAGGCUCUGAAAGAGUACGAACCAGAGAUGGGGAAGGUGUACCGCAUGAACCGCAAGGCUGUCCAGAGGAUCAAAGCCAGAGACAUCGUCCCAGGAGACAUCGUGGAGGUGGCAGUUGGUGACAAGGUGCCUGCUGACAUCAGAGUGACCUCGAUAAAGUCCACCACCCUGCGAGUGGACCAAUCCAUCCUCACAGGGGAAUCUGUGUCCGUCAUCAAACACACUGACCCUGUUCCUGACCCCAGAGCUGUCAACCAGGACAAAAAGAACAUGCUGUUUUCCGGCACUAACAUUGCAGCAGGCCGUGCCAUAGGAGUGGUCGUUGCUACUGGCGUUUCCACAGAAAUCGGUAAGAUCCGUAAUCAGAUGGCUGCCACAGAACAAGAGAAGACACCGCUGCAGCAGAAGCUGGACGAGUUCGGGCAGCAGCUCUCCAAAGUCAUCUCCCUGAUCUGCGUGGCUGUGUGGGUCAUCAACAUCGGCCACUUCGGAGACCCCGUCCACGGCGGCUCUUGGGUCAGAGGGGCUAUUUAUUACUUUAAAAUUGCUGUGGCACUGGCUGUUGCCGCCAUCCCUGAGGGGCUGCCCGCCGUCAUCACCACCUGCCUGGCACUCGGCACACGCCGCAUGGCCAAGAAGAAUGCCAUUGUUCGCAGUCUGCCGUCAGUAGAGACGCUGGGAUGUACCUCCGUUAUCUGCUCCGACAAGACGGGCACCCUCACCACCAACCAGAUGUCCGUCUGCAGAAUGUUUGUCGCAGACAAAGUUGAAGAUUCAACCUGCAGCCUCCACGAGUUUUCUAUAACUGGUUCUACGUAUGCCCCUGAGGGACAAAUACUUAAAGGAGACAAGCCCAUCCAGUGUGGAGACUUCGAUGGACUUUUGGAGUUGGCCACUGUGUGCUCUAUGUGCAAUGAUUCUUCACUGGACUACAAUGAGGCCAAAGGGGUUUACGAGAAGGUGGGUGAAGCCACAGAGACAGCUCUAACCACUUUGGUGGAGAAGAUGAAUGUCUUCAAGACUGACCUGUCCGGACUCAGCAAAGUGGAACGUGCUGGUGCCUGCAACUCGGUGAUCAAACAGCUGAUGAAGAAAGAGUUCACCCUGGAGUUCUCUCGUGACCGCAAGUCGAUGUCUGUGUACUGCACCCCCGUUAAGCCGGGCUCCCAGAGCAAGAUGUUCAUCAAGGGUGCUCCGGAGAGCGUGAUUGAGCGCUGUAAUUACCUUCGGGUGGGGACAGGGAAGGUGACGCUGACACCAGCCCUGCGCGACCAGCUGCUGUCUAAGAUCAGGGACUGGGGGACAGGCAGGGACACCCUGCGCUGCCUCGCCCUGGCUACACAUGAUGUCCCACCACGCAAGGAGGACAUGGACUUGGAGAACUCCAGCAAAUUUGCAGAGUAUGAGUUGGGUCUCACGUUUGUCGGCUGUGUGGGCAUGCUUGACCCGCCCAGGAAGGAGGUGAUCGGUUCAGUGAAACUGUGCAGCGAGGCGGGCAUACGUGUGAUCAUGAUCACCGGAGACAACAAGGGCACAGCUGUGGCCAUCUGCAGACGAAUCGGCAUCUUUGGUGAGGAAGAGGACGUGACAGGAAAGGCAUACACGGGCCGCGAAUUUGAUGACCUCCCGCCCGAGGCCCAGAGAGAAGCCGUCAAACGGGCGCGAUGCUUCGCCCGCGUCGAGCCCGCUCACAAGUCGAAGAUUGUUGGAUACCUGCAGUCAUUCGAUGAGAUUACUGCUAUGACAGGAGAUGGUGUGAACGACGCCCCGGCCCUGAAGAAAGCAGAGAUCGGCAUUGCCAUGGGCUCCGGCACUGCUGUGGCUAAGUCGGCGUCCGAGAUGGUGCUGUCUGAUGAUAACUUCUCCACCAUUGUGGCUGCUGUGGAGGAGGGCAGAGCCAUCUACAACAACAUGAAGCAGUUCAUCAGAUAUCUCAUCUCCUCUAACGUGGGGGAAGUGGUCUGCAUCUUCCUGACGGCCAUCCUGGGUCUCCCUGAGGCUCUGAUUCCAGUCCAGCUGCUGUGGGUGAAUCUGGUGACUGAUGGGUUGCCUGCCACCGCCCUGGGCUUCAAUCCCCCAGACCUGGACAUCAUGGAUAAACCUCCCCGCAACCCCAAGGAGCCCCUCAUCUCCGGCUGGCUCUUCUUCAGAUAUCUGGCCAUUGGAGGAUAUGUGGGUCUUGGUACAGUGGGUGCUGCCACAUGGUGGUACCUGUUUGAUGACGAAGGUCCACAAGUGACUUUCUAUCAGCUGAGCCACUUCAUGCAGUGUACAGAGGAAAACCCUUUGUUCAAGGACAUAGACUGUGAGGUGUUUGAAUCCCGAUACCCAACAACCAUGGCCCUGUCUGUGCUGGUCACUAUUGAAAUGUUCAACGCACUCAACAGUUUGUCUGAGAACCAGUCCCUGCUCAGGAUGCCUCCCUGGGUCAACAUUUGGCUGCUGGGAGCCAUCAUCCUCUCCCUCUCCCUCCACUUCUUCAUCCUCUACGUCGAGCCACUGCCGUUGAUCUUCCAGGUGACCCCUCUGCGCUGGUCCCAGUGGAUCAUGGUCCUGAAGAUUUCCAUUCCAGUCAUCCUCCUGGAUGAGGCACUGAAAUAUAUCUCCAGGAACCAUCUAGAAGCCUAAAUUCUUUUUAUCUCACCUUCUGUGGAAAGGUGAUGACGAUAACAAAUAUCGGAGGAGAUGGCAGCUGAACUAAGACCUCUCCCUCAACACACUCACACACUUAGACACACGCCUACCCUCCUCCCUUUACGAGCUAGAAACCCUUUUCUCUCCCCUGUCCUCAUUCCCCACUCCUGCAUGUCCAACAAACCACCACUAGAAAUGAACAGGGCUUGCAUGAGAAGAGCGAGUGUGCGAGAGAGAGCAUGCGUGUUCCUGCGAGCAUGGCUUCGUACGAGUGUGUGAGUGAAUGAGCACUGUGUGUGUGAGCAGGCAGAUGCAGGCCUGUCUUUACAUCUGCGAGAGCAAGAAACAACUGCAGAAAAAAACAAAGAUAAAUCUGCCCAGGGCUCUGCUUUUUAAAGAUUUCUGCUCAUUGGUUUUUUGACUACAACAUAGUGGUGCCAUAACUGGACUUUGGGGAGGGAAGGAGAGGGAGGACAGGGGAGCGGAGGUUGAGAAUACUGGGUGGGAGAGGAGGCCGGGGAGGGGAAGGGGGGAUUUUGAAAUUAGCACCGAGACAGAAAGAGAGAUGGAGAGGCCUUCCAUGGAGAGACUAGUGUACACACUGGGGAAAGAAGAGCAUCAGCAAGAAAGUGGAAGGUGAAAACAGCCGGCUCUUGAGGCGGUGAGAGUGAGCCACUGUUUGUGUGCGUGUCCACAAAAACAUUAUCUGGAGGUACCGCCCAGGCUUCUGCCACCUACACUACUGGCAGUGAGUUCCAGCCAGCCCUGCAGGAGCGCGGCCUUAUCAGCACAACACAAUGGUCACAGCGCUGCUGCUUCAUCGCUCUUUGUCUUCACCCUCACCAAAGUCUGAGUCCUGUUGAUCGUCUUUUAUGCAGACUUACUCUUGCUCUCUCUUUCUCUCUCUGUCUCUCUUUCUCGCUCUCUGUUGAGGAGGCAGCUGUGGGCCCGGGUGGGUGGCGGGUUGUUG